ACCCAAAAAACCUACAAAAAAAAGACAUCCUCCCUCUCUCUCUCUCUCUCUCUCUCUCUCUCUCUCAUGGACUAUUUUUUGUUCCUCUUCAUUCUCUCUGUCUCCUACCUCUUCUUCAAACUAUUCACUAUUCUUGAUAAAAAAAGACACCAGUGUUGCUACAUUCUAGACUACCAAUGCUUCAAACCCACCGACGAUCGAAAGCUCAGCACAGAACUCAGCGGCGAAAUCAUCAAACGAAACAAAAACCUCGGACUCAACGAAUACAGGUUCCUCUUAAAAGCCAUUGUCAGCUCGGGAAUCGGCGAACAGACCUACGGUCCGAGAAUCGUCUUCUCGGCCCGCGAAAACCUGCCAUCGAUCUCCGACGGCGUCUCAGAAAUGUCCGAGUUGUUUGACGGCACCAUCGACAAACUCCUGUCGAGGUCCGGCGUGUCACCAUCGGAGAUUGACGUACUCGUCGUCAACGUGUCGAUGAUCUCAGCCGUUCCUUCGUUAACGGCCAUGAUCAUCAACAAGUACAAGAUGAGAGAGAACAUUAAAACAUACAAUCUGACAGGAAUGGGGUGUAGUGCGAGUUUGAUUUCCACGAAUGUUGUUGAGAACAUAUUCAAGAAUCGAAAGAAUGUGUGUGCACUGGUUGUGGCUUCGGAGUCUUUGAGUCCCAACUGGUAUGGUGGGAAUGAUAGGUCCAUGAUUUUGUCUAAUUGUUUGUUUAGGUCUGGUGGGUGUGCUGUACUUUUGACUAAUAAGGUGGCUUUGAAGCAUCGAGCCAUGUUCAAGUUGAAGUGUCUGGUUCGAACCCACCAUGGUUCCAGAGAUGAAUCCUAUGGAUGCUGCUUGCAGAGGGAAGAUGAUGAAGGCAGGUUAGGGUUUUACCUAGGCAAGAACCUUCCAAAGGUAGCGACACGAGCUUUUGUCGAUAACCUCAAAGAAAUUGCUCCAAAAAUAUUGCCCCUACGAGAGCUUCUCCGAUUCACCAUAGCCUCAUUUGCAAGAAAAAUGACUCAAACUUCUAGCAAGGGAGGAGGGGGGAGGCCGGUGAUCAACUUCAAGACUGGUGUCGAUCAUUUUUGUGUACACACCGGUGGGAAGGCAGUGAUCGAUGGAAUUGGACAGAGCCUCAGCCUGACCGAAUAUGACCUAGAACCGGCCAGAAUGACCCUUCACCGGUUUGGUAAUACCUCAGCUAGUAGCCUUUGGUAUGUUUUGGGGUACAUGGAAGCCAAGAGGAGGCUCAAGAAAGGUGACAAAGUGUUUAUGAUAAGUUUUGGGGCUGGCUUUAAGUGUAAUAGUUGUUUGUGGGAGGUGGUGAGGGACUUGGAUGAUAGAAAUGUGUGGGAUGAUUGCGUUGAUAGCUACCCACCUCAAACCCUAACCAACCCUUUCAUGGAGAAGUAUGGUUGGCUCAGUAGUGAAGAUCCAAGCACUUUCAAACUUCUUGAGUUUCAGACCACUAGGUCAUGAAAUGCUUCAUAUGGACAAUGCUUUUUUUUCUUUUUUUCUUUUUUCUUCUCCACAAACUCUCUUGCUCGUUUGUAUUUUUAAUGUUGUUGUUUUUUUUCUCGACAAAAUAUUAUGUAUCAGAGAAAAUAUCAAAAAAAUAUUGGUAAUGUAUGGUGUAGAUUUAAGUAUGAGUCAAAACUUAAAUAAAUCUUAUCCAUACAUUUCAAAUAUUAUGAAUAUUUCUUUUGGAGUACAUUUGUAAGUUAUUGUUAAAGCGAUUGUUGUACUUGAAGCUAAUAAUUAAGGUGUUAGAUUCACACCCGAUUUCUUUUAAUGAUAGUGAUGGUAUUCG